AUGGCUGACGAUGGAAACUUCUCACCUUCAGGUAUCGAUCUUAACCGCCACCACGUCAAGGGCACUCAUCGCCAGAACCCCAAGAGCGACAAUGUCUACCUCAAGCUCUUGGUGAAGCUGUACCGCUUCCUGUCUCGCCGCACGGAUGCCAGCUUCAACAAGGUUGUCCUCCGACGUCUCUUCAUGUCCAAGAUCAACCGACCCCCCGUCUCGCUGUCCCGCAUCGUCGGCAACAUCAACAAGGAGGGUGAGAAGCGCACCGUCGUUGUUGUCGGCACCGUCACCGACGACAACCGCCUCCUCGAGUUCCCCAAGGUCACUGUCGCUGCUCUGCGAUUCACCGCCACUGCUCGCGCCCGCAUCAUCAAGGCUGGCGGCGAGGCCAUCACCCUGGAUCAGCUUGCUCUGCGUGCCCCUACCGGCAGCAACACUCUGAUUCUCCGUGGACCCAAGAACUCUCGUGAGGCUGUCAAGCACUUUGGCAUGGGUCCUCACAAGAACAAGAAGCCCCACGUCGUCUCCAAGGGCCGCAAGUUCGAGCGUGCUCGUGGCCGAAGACGCUCUCGCGGUUUCAAGGUCUAA